GAGCUCCCGAGCUGCUUCGUCCAUCGCCAUCGCCAUCUCACUUCCCUCCCAUCAUCCCCCACCCUUGAUUUUGCUGCAUCUGUCCCUUGAACCUCUCUUGUCACCCUUCACCGAACCUCUAACCACCCUUGCACAUCAUGGAUAAAUUGGUUGCCCAAUACACGCGGGCGCCGCACCAGAAUGAGUUCUACUCCGAGCAAGAACAGCGUGAGCUCACCGAGAGCCUCCCGCCUUUGUCGCUGAAGUUCAACCUUCCCCCGGUCGAUAAUUCCAGAGCCUUCCUCCGUGCCAUGACCGAUGACCACUCGAAUCCCAGCUGCCCGAUCAAACUUGCCCACGGAACGACGACGCUGGCCUUCCGUUUCCAGGGUGGAAUUAUUGUCGCGACCGACUCCCGAGCUACCGCAGGAAACUGGAUCGCCAGUCAGACCGUGAAGAAGGUUAUCCCUGUUUCACGGCUGAGCCGCGGGGAAGACAAGCCGACUGACAAGCCGACCCCUGGUCUUCUGGGGACCAUGGCCGGUGGUGCUGCUGAUUGUCAAUAUUGGUUGAGAUAUCUGAGCCAGCAAUGCACACUUCACGAGAUCCGACACAAGCGCCGUAUCACCGUCGCCGCUGCCUCCAAAAUCCUCGCCAACCUCACAUACGCCUACAAGGGAAUGGGUCUGAGCAUGGGAACGAUGUUAGCAGGCAUGACCCCCCAAGAGGGCCCCGCGCUUUACUACAUCGACUCGGACGGCACCCGGCUGGCCGGCAACCUCUUCUGCGUGGGCUCCGGUCAGACGUUCGCCUACGGUGUCCUGGAUGCCAAUUACCGCUACGACCUGACUGAGGAAGAGGCCCUCGAGCUCGGCCGCCGAAGUAUCCUGGCCGCCAUGCACCGCGACGCCUACUCUGGUGGUUUCAUCAACUUGUACCACGUCAAGGAGGAAGGGUGGGUCCACCACGGCUUCAACGAUAUGAACCCCAUAUUCUGGAAGACGAAGUUGGAGAAGGGCGAGUUCUCGAACGUUACGUCGGAGUUGUAAGUACUGGGCUGGGAAAGUUGUUUCCAGCUUUGAGUCUGGCUGGCUGGGGCUGGCAGGCUGCGUAGGUUCGGAAGCCGGAGCUCUGGGCCGGUCGGGCUUUGUAUGGAGAAACUACUUUUUUAUGGAAAUGAUUAGCUUUG